CACAUUCAGCUUCCCCCAUCAUGCUGGUCACAGAAAACCUUCUACCUUACCAUUCUACCACGGCGCCUACCGAGAUUAGGGACGACUGUCACGGCAGUGAAGCAAACCGCAAGCUCAGCGAGCGCCGCGACGACAGAGCGCACCUCGUCCACGCGUGCUUCCUCUAAAUCCGCGCAGCCUUUUCUACGGCUUGCACAACAGCGUUGCCAGUCGCGGGCACAUGAACGUCGCAAAGGCGGCGCAAGAUGAUCCUACCUGGAUGCCGCAUAAAUAUACUCAGAGAGGCAAAAGUAGACUGCCGCGCUGACGCGGACGAGCUCUGCCAUCUCUUGAGACAGCGCGUGCCGCCACGCCGCCGGGAUGUGCAGGACGGCGCGUUGUGCUGCGCAGGGGCUACGCUCAGACGAACACGCCGGACGAAGAUAGACGAUUUGCCUCUCCGCGGCGCGUCAUCAUGGCGGGGCUGCACAAGCGGGCAUAGGCCCAGCGAGCGACGCCAUAGUAAUGGCUCGUGGAUGGCGUGCACGUUUCUCACCAUCUUACUACUUCUGUUGCUGCAUUGCCAACAUGAUCGGCGGCGGUGCGGAUAAACUGUGGCGGUGGCGCGCGGGUGGCGGGGGGGACGGGCGGGUGUGGGAGGCGGACGCCUUCUUCGUGGGCGGGCAGGCGGCCGUGCUCGCGUCCAUGCCGCUCGCUCUCUCGCCGGAGCUGCGCUCGCAGCGCGUCUUCCACGCGCGCGACGUCAGCUGCUACGACAUUCCCCUCGCCCCCGGCCGCUUCAUCGUGCGCCUCGCCUUCGCCUUCCACAGCGACCAGCUGCCUGCAGGGUUCGGAGCAGAGGGCGGCAGCGCUGGCCCUGACAGCACAUCCCUGUGGCCCGAGGCCGCUGCCUCUCAUCUCUCGGCCACCUCCAUCUCCAGAAGCACAGCGGACAACUCAGCCUUCCCGCACCGUGCUGCUUCCGCAGAGCAUCCGGCCCCGCCCUCAGCUGGAAGGGGUCGUGGCGGCGAGGGCGGUGGUGAGGGCGAUGCUCACGACGAGCAGACGCAGCGGCGGUGGCCGCGGUUUGCAGUGGUGGUGGAGGGCGUGCAGAUGGAGACGGUGAGCAUGGCGCAGCAAGUGGGGGUGGUGUAUGUGCCCGAGUACAUAGUGGACAGCACCGACGCCUCGCUCACACUCUGCUUCCUACCUGUGUGGGGCCACGCGCUCGUCAACACCAUCGAGGUGCUGCCAGUGCCCGCCUCCUUCUACCUCCUCCCGCCCGUCGUCCCCCCCAACUCCUUCCUCGCCCUGCGCGCCCGCAUCGACUGCGGGCGAGCCAUGAGCCAGCGGCCACAACAAAGGUUCUCUUCCGCCGGCCGUGCACACGAGGCUGCGGUGAGGAGUCGGCAGGCCGUCCAGCCAGCACAAGUGGAGACUAAUGGCGCUGCACAGAGCUCGAGCAACUCCACAAGUUGGCUGCUGGGCUCUGCCAACCGUUCAGACCUGGCAGUUGCAAGUGAUGGCGAAACCCUGGUGGAUUCCCUGGGCAGGCGGUGGAGCAGUGACCUGUUGCGGCUCGUGCCUGCUGACCAGAAGCAGGACGAGGACGACGGACUGGAGAAGAAGGAGCGGUCAGGGAUAGCACCGCCCAAGUCCGUUUCCGUCAUGUCGCCCAUAGCCAGUGCUGACGCAGCGCCUCUGUUCCUACCACAGGCGCUGCUGCAGACGUCACGCGAAGCAGUGCUGGCGAGUGGGCUGCACUACUCGUUUUCGUUCCGCAUUCCUGCGCGCCUGAACCGGUGGGUGGUGCUGCUGCACUUCGUGGCGCUGCAGCCGGAAUCGCGUGUGGGGGAGCGAGUGUUUGACAUCCACGUGAACGGAGUGACUGUGAGAGGCUUUGACAUCCUCAGGGAGGCCAAGGGCCUCCACAACCGCCUCGUCACGCUGCCAGUCGUCGUCGGCUUCAGCCGCCCCGCCAUUGGGUCCGCACCCACUCUGGAGGUGCAACUGGUGGCCCGCAACGGCAGCCAGUUCAGCCCCCUGGUCAGCAGCAUCGAGGUCAUCGAAGUCGUGCGCGCCAAUGUGCCCCGAGAAAACGUUGUUUCAGAGCUUCAAGUGCAGCAGAAGACAUCAGGGUCACAAGCUGCCCCUUCACCCAGCCCCUCUCACCCGAGCCACGCUGGUGUGGUGGCAGGGGCUAUAGGAGGGGCUGGGGCACUGGUGUUCCUCGUUCUCAUGGUUCCGUUGCUGCUUUUGUGGCGUCACCAGCACCGACGGCGCCAUGCCGUGCGUUCACAGCUUCGUGACGAAAAUGCCAUUGACUCCGCAGCAGUGCAGAUGGAUGACACAGGGAAUUGGGAAGCUGCACCAGAAAUAGUAGCAAUAGAUGUUGGCUUACCACUUUCAGACCAUGGCUAGGCAACGCCAUAAGGGGUCCGCAUACAGAAAUAGCGCAAAUGUACAUACU